AUGUGUUGUCUGGUGCGUGUACGUGUGUGUGCGUCUGCAAGAGGUUCCCAACGACCUGCGCGUGAGCCUGAUGCGCUGUGCGGACAGCGGCUCGGGAAUUGGCUGUUCGUUGUUCGUCGUCGACGGUCCUUUUGUCUGCUGCGCACUCGUCGUGUAAUUUGCGUGUCGGUCCAACUCGAAACCCUGGUCGUGAUAAUAAUGAAUUUGCAGGCGACGUCGGCCGUGCUUUGUAAGGCUGCAAAUUUAGCAGCAGGGUAUCAGAGCCAUGUACAGAGCCUGGGAAGUCUUGGGAAGUGCUGCAACCCCAGCCCGCCGCCGAUUACCACUCCUACUUCGUACUUGAUACAGAAGCAGAAGCAGAUCUCUCAAACAAACGUCCAGGGCUCAGGCUCGCGUAGUGUGUGGGGUGGUUGUGCGGAAGUGUGUAGUGUCGAAACCAGUAAUCUCGUGACCCGAAGUGACGAAUGUAAAAAGAAAAAAAAACAACCAAGUGAGAGAGGCCGUGUGAAAUCUUGA